UGUCCGACCGGUCCCGCCUUGCGCGCCGGUUUCGAGCUCGGCGUUUUCCUUGCCCGGGGCCGGGCGGGCCGGUGUUCAGGGCCGGGGCCCGGGAAGCGGGGAUGGCGCAGCUUGAGGGCUACUACUUCUCCGCUGCCUUGAGCUGCAUCUUUUUAGUGUCGUGCCUCCUCUUCUCUGCUUUCAGCCGGGCGCUGCGGGAGCCCUACAUGGACGAGAUCUUCCACCUGCCGCAGGCGCAGCGCUACUGCGAGGGCCGCUUCUCCCCUGCGCAGUGGGAUCCCAUGAUCACCACACUGCCUGGUCUUUACCUGGUGUCUGUUGGAGUGGUCAAGCCUGCCAGCUGGAUCUUCGGAUGGUCAGAACAUGUUGUCUGCUCCAUUGGGAUGCUCAGAUUUGUCAAUCUUCUCUUCAGUGUUGGCAACUUCUAUUUACUCUAUCUGCUUUUCCGAAAAGUCCAACCCAGAAACAAGGCUAUGUCAAGUAUCCAAAGAAUUUUGUCAACAUUAACACUAGCAGUAUUUCCAAUACUCUAUUUUUUUAACUUCCUUUAUUACACAGAUGCAGGAUCUGUGUUCUUUACUCUUUUUGCCUAUUUGAUGUGUCUUUAUGGAAACCAUAAAACUUCAGCCUUGCUUGGAUUUUGUGGCUUCAUGUUUCGCCAAACAAAUGUCAUCUGGGUUGUCUUCUGUGCAGGACACAUAAUUGCACAUAAGUUGACUGAAGCUUGGAAAACUGAGCUACAGAAGAAGAAGGAUGAAAGACUUCCUCCUAUUAAAGGACCACUUUCUGAAUUCAGCAAAGUCCUUCAGUUUCUGUUGGUGUAUGCCAUAUCAUUUAAGAACCUGAGUGUGCUCUUCUUACUAACGUGGCCCUACAUCCUUCUAGUGUUUGUGUUCUGUACCUUCAUCGUAGUGAAUGGAGGAAUUGUUAUUGGGGACCGUAGUAAUCAUGAAGCCUGUCUUCAUUUUCCCCAGUUAUUCUACUUUCUCUCCUUUACUCUCCUCUUUUCCUUCCCACACUUACUGUCUCCUACCAAAAUUAAGGUGUUUCUUUGUUUAGUGUGGAAACGGAGGGUUCAGUUUGCUCUGAUUACUUUAGUCUCAGUAUUUUUUGUGUGGAAGUUCACUUAUGUUCAUCAGUACCUGCUAGCAGACAAUCGACAUUACACAUUUUAUGUAUGGAAAAGAGUUUUUCAAAGAUAUGAAGUUGUAAAAUAUUUGUUAGUACCAAUGUAUAUAUUUGCUGGUUGGACUAUAGCUGACUCUUUGAGAUCUAAAUCAGUUUUCUGGAAUUUAAUGUUUUUUGUAUGCUUGGUCACUUCGACAGUUCCUCAGAAACUUCUAGAAUUCCGUUACUUCAUUUUACCUUACAUUAUUUAUAGACUUAACAUACCUCUACCAUCUAUACCCAGACUUGUUUGUGAACUGGGCUUCUAUGCAGUUGUUAAUUUUAUGACGUUUUAUAUCUUUCUGAAUAAGACUUUUCACUGGCCAGAUAAUCAGGACAUUCAAAGGUUUAUGUGGUAAUGUCAAGGAUGUUAAGCACACAUAACAAAUACAAAGUAAUAAGUUAUAAAGAGCUGAGAAACAUUUUAGACCUACCUGAAAAGCCUGAAUAAUUGGAAAAUAAAAUUGUUUACAAUUAU